AAUGGCGGCCGCAACAAAAAGGGCCGUGGUCACGUCGUCUUCCUCCGCUGCUCCAACUGCUCGCGCGCGGUUGCGAAGGACAAGGCCAUCAAGAGGUUCACUGUAAGAAACAUGGUCGAGAGCGCUGCUGUUCGUGAUAUCAGCGAGGCCUCUGUCUACCCUGAGUAUGUUAUCCCGAAACUGUACAUCAAAAUCGCGUACUGCGUUUCCUGCGCUAUUCACUCGCAUGUCGUCCGCGUUCGCUCGCGCGAGGGUCGUCGCAACCGUGCCCCCCCUCCCCGUGUUCGGUGGAAGGAUGGCAAGAAGGUCAACCCUGCUGUUGUCGCUGCUGAGGAGGCGAAGGCCGCCGCCGCACGAAGUGCAUGA